CCCUUCCCCAUGCCCGCAGUCGCUGUUGUUGGUCGGAGAAAAAAAAGUUCAAUUCAUUCGGCACCAGCCUCCAUCACUGUUCUUCCUGCUUUGUGGAGCCUCAUUUUCGGGUUUUAAUCGAUCGGUUUCCACAUGAUGAACAGCGGCGGCAUCAAAACGGUGCUUCUCAAUCCCAAAUCCGAUUGUUUUGGGUUGAGAACUGCUUUCUUUCACUCUACGCCUGUCCUCGAUCGCAAAAGACGCAAUCAUUGGGACUCUAGAUGCAACCAUUACACGAAGAGUUUUAGAAGGAUUAAUGCAAAACAGACGUUGCUGCGCAAUGUCAGUGCCUAUGCUGAAUUCCUCUUUCAGAGUUGGCAGGAUGAGGGUGAGACGAAUGACCCUUCCUCAAGCAGAGGCACUUCUUGGUUUAAAAGGCAGUACUCACAAGGGGGCUCUAAACGAGAAAGGACCAACCAGAAACCACGGUGUUGGGGCAGAAGUUUUGAGUUUACUGAAGAUGAUCCUGACAUUGAGACUGUUUUCCGAUCUGCAUUUGGUGGAAACCGGUCUUACUAUUGGUCGUUUAUUAAUGAAGAAAACCCUCAAUGGAGGAGCUCAACAAAUUACUCAAGUAACUAUGGAAGAUCUUGGAACUGGCGUUAUAGGGUCGAUGAAGAUUAUGACGACUCCUCGAACGAAUAUGAGGACUCUGAUGCUAAUUUGGCAUCGCAUAGGCGUGUUCUUGGACUAAAAGCGUCUGGUCCACUCAAACUUCAAGAUGUUAAAAAUGCGUAUCGAGCAUGUGCACUGAAAUGGCACCCAGAUCGUCACCAAGGUUCCUCCAAGGUGAUGGCGGAGGAGAAGUUCAAACUUUGCAGCGUGGCAUAUCAAUCCCUGUGCGACAAGUUAGCGGUAAAUUAAGGAUGAUAAUCUUAAUAACCCCCAUAUGCAUCCAACAUGCCAACAUAUUGCAGUUCAUAGGAUGUUGUCACACAAUUAGACCCUUUUUCUUCAUAUAUGAUAUGAGAAUUUUCAUGUCUGUAGUGUUGGUUAUAUCUCUAUAUUAUUGUUGGGGGCAUCGAGUGCCGACUGUUUUGAACGACAACAAUACCAUUGUAUCGAGUUUUUGUUUAAGAGCAUCUAUAAAGUAGUAAGAAAUAAGAACAUUUAGACAUUAGAUAUCAUUCCCUUGACAAUCUGGGUUAGGAGAACAUCCGAGCGAUUGCCUUUGCGGAUCCAAACAAGGAGGCUGGCCAAAACGGCUGACCGAGAUAGGUUUAACCAGAAUGGCAUCUCUAUGUAGUGAUUUACCCCUAAAGCAGAUGAAGGUAUGAUUGAUCUAUCUUCAGGUCACAUCUCAACUUAACCAUCUGCAGAUUGUGAACGUUCAUAGCAAUUCAACCUUGACUUUUGUAAUCUAACAUUCAUGUCUGAGUAUUUGAUUUUUCAAUUCCUUUUGACGA